AUGCCAUGCCUCCCUAGGAAAUCCUUCAAAAACCACCAUCAGAGCUUACUUUUUCGUUGGGUUCUGCACAAGAGAUUCGAGCCAUUGGGUCUUCUCGUUCUCCUGAGCAGCAGUGGGCUGGCGAAAACUGGCAAUAUGACUAGUUCUUUAGUUAACAUCUUGGUGUCCACAACCGAUCAACUCUUUUGUGACCUCUUGCUCACGGACAAAUCCGGAAGAUUCGACCGGUACAGUCUGAUUACGGUUUCCCGAUACCCGGAAUUACACAUUCGCUCGGUGACCAAGGAAGAGCUUGCUCGUUUGUCUGUGCGAUGCGUCUUUCAGUCUGUCGUCCCGGACGCCGGAGUCGAGGUGCGCUCAGCACAUCGAGAGCGCCUCAAUGAUAAACUUCUCUCGAUUGCAUACGAACUAAAAAGUUUUAGCGCUCAAGUCAACGUGAUGAGACCUUGCUUUCCCAAAAGGUGUUCUCAUGCAGGGUGGACUGCAGUUUCAGCCUCCUCUCAACAUCCUCAGCGGGAGUCGAACCAUGACAGUGCAGCGUGUAAUCUCGAGAUGUUAACCACUACGCCACAUUUCCCCGAGUGCCCUUGGGUCACAGGGCAGAUGUAA